CAUUGCAUUGAAAGUGUAGUGGAAAGUGUUCCAUUUUAAAAUAAAACUAAAUUGGACUACUACAUUAUUUGCCGGCAGAGUAUAUACAGAAUAAAUAGGUACCAGAGUCCAUAAAGCGGUCACAAGAAAAACAUUUGAAACUGUGAAUAUUCAUCACCAUGAGAAUACGGACGUUCUGCAAGUUGGUGGAGGUGAGCGAGCUGACGCCGCGCGAGCUGCGCGACGAGGCCGUCGUGCUGGACGGCCAGAACCUCUUCUACAGCUCCUACCGCCGCGCCGGCUUCUCCGCCGCCUUCGGCAUCGAGGCCGACCGCUACGCCGCACACCUCAGCCAAUACCUACAAAUGUUCAAAAAGGCUAACCUCAAAUGCUACUUCCUGUUCAAAGGAGGGCACCAGAACAUGGACAAGCGGCUGAAGAAAGAAAAAGACACCAAUAUCGUCCCUGUACUCAUGAAAGAAACUUACAAACAGGUCUUGAAAGAAAUGGAUUUUGAAUUCGUAAUCUGCGAGUAUGAAAGCAAGAAAGAUAUAGUUGAACUAGCUCAGAAACUCAACUGUCCCAUCAUCAGUUAUGACAUUGAAAAUUGUUUCUCCGGGCUCCAGUAUAUACCUUCUACUACGCUUGAACUUCAAAAUGACACCAUUCACUGUGGCUACUUCCUGUUAAAAACAUUCUUACGAAAAUAUAACUUGACCGCGGACAAACUCGCCGCGUUCAUAGUGUUGACAGAUGAGAAUAUUUUCCCGGAAGGAUUUUUCACAGAAUUCUUUAAAAACAUUAAAGCUCCUCUUGGGCCAUUCAAACGUAAUUUGCAUUUGCUGAGGUGGCUUUCUAAGAGCAGCAAGCAACAGAUCUCAGCUACUAUCUUCAGGUCUGUAUCGGCUGAGGACAAAACUACGUUCAUUGAGGAGGAAGUGAAAGCUCGCGCGCAAAUAGAACGGCGGGAGUGCGGCGGGCUCGGCGCGGCGUGCCUGCUGGACCGCGAGGCGGCCCGCGUGGCGCGCGCCGACCCGUGCUGGUUCGCGAAGGGUGUCGCCGCCGGACAUGUCGUUAUCGACUACGUCAACCUUUAUCGGUCCAAAGUUUUUCUUGGUGCUCCUCCUAUUAGUGGAUUUGAACAAGACAACCCUACGCUUCUGGCUUUGGAUAUCAUAAAGUACGCAUAUGAUUUAUUCACUAAUUUUGAAAACGAUGGUUUUAGUUUUGUAUACGACGUCGGCCAGGAAAAAGAAACUAUUCUCGUUGGAGACACGCAUUCCAUCCGGAAACCGGUAUACGAAGCGGAAGUGUGUGUAUUCGAGAACGGGUGGGAGUCUGUGCGCUCUCUCGGGUUGCUAGAGCACUUUGCGCACGAGACGCUGCAACUGGAGAGCCUGAAACGCCUCGAGAGCGUGCCGCAGGAGACGCGACUGCUGUUGCUGGCGCUGGCGUACUUCUGGCGGCGCAGGCCCUCGGCGCCCGCCGCGCUGUCCUCGGCCGUGCUGCUGGCCUACGUGAUGCUCGACGUCGUUGCCGAAAAGGUUGACAAGAAAAAUCUUCCGAAGUUCCCCUUUGACAGGAAGCCGAUUCUGGAUUCUACGAUUGACAGGGGUGUGGUCACUGAGGCCGACUGCGGGAUCGCGGCCGCUAUUAUGGAAGAGUACGCCUCCACGUCUGAAGGAGACGCGGAGUUGAUUUUGGAUGGGAAGCUGAUUCAUGCGCUGUCGGAAUUCCAGCAGUGCCUGCUGCAGCUGUCGGCACUGAGCGUGCUGUGCGGGGCGGAGCUGCCGGCUCCCAUGUUCGCGCGCACGUACAACGGCACGCUGGCUUACAAAGUGCUGCGCGCUGCGCAGGGCUCCGCGGACCGGCUGCUCUUCCUAGACGAGCUGCUUAGCCCUGCUCCCACCGUCUAUGCUUAUCUCAAUGGCAUUUUAGAGGCUUACGUACAAAUUUUUUAAAUUAUGUUUUAAAUUCAAACGGCAUAUAUCAUUUUUGAUACCUAUUUCAUUUAUCUUAUCAUAUUAAUAUUAGAAUAUUACAUAUUAUAGGUAUUAUUUUAAUAAGCUGAAAUUAGGAACGUUUUAAUCCUAUAUUGCUUACAAUUACAUCACAAAAACUACAAUUUAUAAUUAAUAAAUAUUUUUUUCUACUCCCGUACUCUUAUU